AUGUCUCAUACUUCACUGCCUAUCGUUAACCCCACGCCGUCUGGAUCUAAUUCCGCGCCAUUCAGUACAGACGAGCGCGUAUAUCUAUCCAAGGAGACAAACACAUGGCGCUUCGAAGCGGACGAUGGAACCGAAAUGGAAUGGGACGUAGGGAAGAACGCAUGGCUGCCAGUCCUUGACGAUGAUGUCGUCAAAAGCCAGCAAGCUGCAUAUUCGGUAGCCGGAGUCGACGAAGAGGCGCCCGCAGCACCCGUGGCCAAGCGGCUCAAUAAGAAGCGGAAGGAACCUGAGGAUUAUACCUCCGCUACGCAGUCUACUGACCCGGUGAACAUAAAAAAAGCGAAGGUGAAGCCACCGAAGGCUGCAGGAGAACGCAAAUCCAAGAAUACUGCUGUCUACGUGACACAGUUACCUCUUGACACGACGCAUGACGAGCUUAUAGAGCGGUUCCGCAAAUUCGGGGUGCUGGAAGAAGAUGACGACGGGGAACCGAAGGUGAAGAUGUACGCGAAGGAUGACGGGACGUUCAGUGGCGAGGCAUUGGUCGUUUACUUUAAGGAAGAAUCCGUGACCUUAGCGGAGACGAUGUUGGACGAUGCGGAGCUGAGAAUAGGGGAUCCGAGCACGAGGAUGAAGGUGGCGAAGGCGGAUUUCGGGCAUAAACAAGGAGACGAUCACGCGAAAGCGGAUGGAGAGGCUGCGGGACAUGCUCCUCGGAAGACAAUCGAUAGGAAGAAAGCAACCAGGAGGAUCAACAACAUGAAGAAAAAGCUGGAAGAGUGGGAUGAUGAAGAUGCAUUCGGCCCCGCGAAAACCGAAGAAGAUGAAAGCAAGACAAUUAAUAAGAACAGCCGAGUGGUGGUGCUCAAGUACAUGUUUACUCUGCAAGAACUUGAAGAAGAUCCCGCUCUGCUUUUGGACCUGAAGGAAGACGUUCGAGAGGAGUGCGAAACUCUUGGCGAAGUCACAAAUGUCGUGUUGUAUGAUAAAGAGCCCGACGGGAUCAUGACGGUCAAAUUCCGGGAUUCGAUCAGCGCGCGGGCUUGCGUUCUUAGAAUGAAUGGUCGUUUCUUUGCGGGCAGGAGAAUUGAGGCAUCGUUGUACGCUGGCAGACAGAGGUUCAAACGCGGUAACGCUGGUGCCGACCUUGUGGAGGGAGACGACGAAGAAGCGGAGAAGAAGCGUCUUGACCAGUUCGCCCAGUGGUUGAUGGCGGAAGGCGACUGA